AAGUUUUACAAGAUUUAACUGAGUUAGUAGAUCAAAAAAUAACUAUUAAGUCAGCUAAGUCUAACGUAUUCCAUGAUAAAUUGUUUGAAGUAGAGAAAAUUGCAGCAAGUAGCAAGAUAGCAGUUGAUAUUCUAUUUACAGAUAGAGAAGUUAAAGAAUAUUAUGAAAUAUCUAACGCUCAAAAAACUAGUACAGUAGCGAGUAUGUCUAAUUCAAAUAGUGAGGUCAAUUCUG